AUUGGUUUCUCGCUAACAAAUAAGUCGUCGUUUGAUUUCGAAGUGAGAGUAGAAACUCAGUCGAAUCUCGAGCUGCAAUGCUACAAUUCUGAGGAAUAUAUUUUCAUUAAACUCUCUGUCUUCGAACUUUUUUAGUAUGAAAAUUUUUUUAGCAUCGUUUAUCGCUAUCUUAUCGUCGUUGCGACAUACAUGCGGACAUACAAGAAGCGGCGUCGAUCCUAUUGACGAUGGGCCUAGUCAAGGAGUCGGUUCUGAUUUCGAUACGGAAAACGAACACAUAUACUCGAAUACAUGGGCUCUAGAACUAGAUGGUGGUGAAAGACAAGCUAGAGAAAUCGCUGAUAAACAUGGUUUUAAAUUCAUAGGACCCAUUGGUAGUCUUGAUAACCAUUUUAUAUUUAAACAUAGUAAGGUAGAAAAUAGGAGGAGAAGGCGAAGUAUAGAACACCAUAGCCUCUUAAAAAGCGAACCGAGUGUGCGAUGGGUCGAGCAACAAAAGGUUUUAAGAAGGACGAAGAGGGACUAUAAGGACUUUACAGAUCCUCUUUAUAGAGAGCAGUGGUAUUUGAAAAAUACGGGUAUAACCCAUUGCAAAGACACAAAGGGUAUUAAUGUUAUCCCUGUUUGGGAACAAGGAAUAACUGGGAAAGGAGUGGUUGUAACCAUUCUUGAUGAUGGUAUUGAGCACAAUCAUCCUGAUCUGAAAGACAAUUAUGAACCAGGGGCAAGCUAUGACUUUAAUGAUGGUGACAAUGAUCCAUUUCCUGCCUAUACCAGUGAUAAUGUUAACAAGCAUGGAACAAGAUGCGCUGGUGAAGUGGCAGGGUCCGUAAACAACGGUAUUUGUGGAGUCGGCGUUGCUUACAAUUCACGUGUUGGUGGAGUUCGAAUGUUAGAUGGGGAUGUAACAGAUGCCGUAGAAGGAGGUUCGUUGGGCUUGAACCAGCAGAAAAUUGACAUUUACAGUAGCAGUUGGGGACCUGAUGAUGAUGGGAAAACGGUUGAUGGCCCAGGAAGAAUGGCUAAAGCUUCGUUUCAACGUGGGACUAAGAGUGGACGAAAUGGAAAGGGAUCUAUAUUCGUUUGGGCGACAGGCAACGGUGGUAAAAACAGAGACUAUUGCAGCUGUGAUGGCUAUAUAAAUAGCAUUUAUACAAUAUCAAUUGGAGCAGUGGAUGAUUGCGGGAAGUCACCGUGGUACGCAGAACCUUGUCCUGGAACGAUGGCAGUCACCUACAGCAGCGGAGUAAGCGGUAUCAACAAGGAGAUUGUCACUACUGAUUUGCACCAUAAAUGCACCUUAAAGCAUACAGGGACGUCAGCUGCUGCACCAUUAGCUGCAGGAAUCUUUGCAUUAGUUCUUGAGGCAAAUCCAAGUCUUACCUGGCGUGACUUGCAACACCUGGUAGUACACACCAGCAAAGUGGUGAGCCCAGACGAUAGCCAAUGGCAAACAAACAAGGCUGGCCUACAUGUCAAUCCGAAAUUUGGUUUUGGAGUUCUGGAUACUGAGGCCAUGGUCAAGGCAGCUAAAGCAAAAGAUUGGAAGACCGUAGAUGAACAGCACAUUUGCAAAAGCAAGCACAAAGUGGCAAACAAGAAGAUCCCAGCAAUGGGCUCGAUAACAUCUAAAAUAUACACCAGUGGAUGUAUUGGGCAGCCCUCUUGCGUCAAUAAAUUGGAGCAUGUGCAUGCCUUUGUCACACUGAAGCAUCCAUCUAGGGGUGGUCUAACAAUUUCGCUGAAGUCGCCCUCCGGGAUAGUCUCUCCGUUAUUAGAGAAGAGAGAACAUGAUGUAUUGAACCAGGGGUUCACUAACUGGCCUUUUUUGACUGUAUUUAACUGGGACGAGAAUCCAACUGGCACGUGGGAGCUGACUAUUACUGACACGUCGGGAAGAGCGGGAGUCCUUGUGGAAUGGAAUCUAGAUGUUUAUGGUACUUGUGACUUGAGUUUAUUGAAGAAAGUAGACGAAAAGAAGAUGUGCAUAGACGAAUGUGUCAAGGGCUGUCCCCGUCCUUUCUCGGAAAAAUGCGUCGGUUGUAAAAAGUAUUGCGAUUGUGAAAGGGGGGUAUGUGUGUCGCAAUGUGAUAGUCAUUCUUCAGUUGACGUGGAGCGACGUCAUUGUAAGCGAGCACUUGACAGCGAGUCGGAAUCGACGUCGCAGGAGCCUAAUCAGCCUUUAGCUUCGAGUUCGACAGAGACGGUAAAAGUAAAAAAUUCUCUGCUGAAAAUUCCGAUGCCUGCCAAAUUUGCAGUUAUAUCCCUGUCAGCUGCUGUCUUGAUUGCUCUCGCGGCUGCAAUUGGCUAUUUUCUGCUAGGCCUACCAAACAUGCAGGGCAAUCCUCGAGCGGCUGUCAAUUACCACAAAGUUGGAAAGAAAGCGGGGGCAUAUGUUGUGGAUAUGAACCAACCCAGGGAUGAUGACACGCAAGAUGAACAGUGAGCAGUCCAAACACUGUUUCGUUUUUCUAAUUUGUAACCUCAACCGAAUUUCUUAAUAAAGUAUAUCAAAAAUGUACCUAUGUUAAGUUAAUGAAAAUAUGUAUAAUAUCAAAUAAUCGUUCAAAACUUAAAAGAUUGAAAACGGCGAAAAAUUGGAGUAUUUUAUUACGAUGUAUUGUGGUGAAAUUUCUUUGGAAUUCAAACAAAAUGGCCAAAAAGUCUGGGAUUUAUAUUUGUAAACUUUUUCCUGUUUCUCCCUUAUCAUAGUCUUUGAAAGUAAACCUAUAAAAUUUUGUUAUUGUUGUUGAUGCGGUUAUUGGCAAAGAUAUUUUACCACAAUGCAUUGCAGUAACUGUUUUCUAAAUGCGUGGUAUUAACCCUUGGUUUGGUUUUAAUGUCUCUGAACAACUAACAACUAAAAUUUCAAACCCUUAUAGCGUCGGCAAAUGUUUUAUGUAGAAAUUUUGUAAUAUUGAUUCAGUGUGUAAGCUGUUUUGAUGCCAAGCUUGAACACUGUUCAUUCAUGACACUGAAUUCAGUAAUAUAUUUUUAUCAAAUUCUGGCUGUUGAAAAUAGCAAGCAAUUCUUUCAUCCACGUCACAUUUUUUUUCCUUUUCCACUUAGCUUAACAAGGUUUGGUAGACCCUUCUUUACUCAUUUGGUAGUUUUUGAGUGAAGGGGAACCAAAUUGUGACUAUUCUGCCUUUUAUACAGAGGCAUUUAUCAUCAACACCCGAUCCCCUAUUCUUUCGUCACCGCUAUAUCCUUAUGUUCUACGACGUUUAAUGUAGCACGAACACGUUUAUCGGGCGUUCUUUUUUAGUCCCCAAGUGUAUCUAUUCACCUUCAUAACUAACUUCGUCUUUUGAAUGAAGACGAUUUUAAAUAAAGGGGAUAAUUUAAUAUGAUGGCAAAUUUUGCGAUAAGUAUUUUAUGGCAGAAA